GGCGACGGCGUCGGGCCCGAGAUCAUCACGGCAGCGCGGCGGGUCGCCGACGCCGCAUUGUCCGUCGCCGGAGUCCGUGGCAUUCGGUGGAUUGAGAUGGCCGGUUACGGUUACGACAAUGGUCUCGGCGUGACCGAGGCGCACCUUGAGGCCUUUGGCGAGGUGGGAGUACUGCUCAAGGGGCCACUCUCCAUCCCUGCCGGCACGAGCGGCUCCGUCAUCGAGGCGCGCGGACAGGCCUUCACCUCUGCGAACCAAGCGCUGCGCCAGCUCUUCGGCCUCUACGCGAACGUGCGACCAGCUAGGAGCUACGCGCUGCCGUGGCCCACGCGGUUCGGAGACGUCGCCGUGGACCUGCUCAUCGUGCGCGAGAACACCGAGGAUCUGUACUGCGGCGCGCCCGAGGUGUGGGUCGACAAAGACACCUGCCAGGCGACGAAGCGAAUCAGCCGCGGCGCCUCUGCGCGCAUUGCAGAGUACGCGUGCGCUCUGGCACUGCAGCGGCAGGCAGAGCGAGGGGCGCCCAGCCUCGUCACGGCCGUCCACAAGGCGAACGUCUGCAAGCAGUCGGACGGGCUCUUCCUCGAGGAGGCCCGCAAGGCGGCCUCCGCCGCGGGCCUUCGGUACGAGGAGGCGCUGGUGGACUCCCUCUGCGCCGGACUCGUGCUCCAGCCGCAGGCGUAUGACGUGCUCGUGGCGCCUAACUGCUGGGGCGACAUCGUGUCCGACCUGGCGGGAGGCGUGGUGGGCUCGCUCGGGCUCCUCGGCUCGGCGAAUGUGGGCGCGAGCCACGCGCUUUUCGAGGCCGCCCACGGCAGCGCGCCUGACAUCGCAGGCUGCGGCGUGGCCAACCCGGCCUCCAUGAUGCUCAGCGCCGCCAUGCUGAUGAGGCACGUCGGAGAGGCGCCCGCGGCCGACGCGGUGGAGACGGCAAUCGCGGCGGCCCUCGCCGAAGGCUGUGCGACGGUGGAUCUGGGCGGCGCGGCGUCGACAGGCGACUUCACCGACGCUGUCAUCGCGGAGAUCGAGCAGAGUACGAUA